AUGGCUUGGUCCCCACGCCUUCGGGAUGGCACCUCUGAGAUCUCUGCGCUAGGGCGCCAAAGCCGUUGGGAGGCCGCUAUCGCAAAGUGUGUGGAGUUGUACAAUGAGGAGUUGCAGCCAGGAAUUGUUACGUACAACUCACUACUCAGUGCUUUGGAUAAGGCCUCCCAAAGUGUCAAAGCUUUGCACCUGCUGCAGCUGCUGCGAUCAGACAGCGUAACUCUGCAGCCCGACAUUGUUAGCUUUUGCAGUGUGGCCUCUGCAUCAAGUCGAGGUCAGGAUUGGCCGCAGUCCCUUCACUUGCUUUGGGUGGCCAAGUGUGAGGGGCUAGAGCCCAAUACCUUCACAGGAAAUGCAGCCAUCACCGCUUUGGAGCGGGGUGGGCAGUGGCAUUUGGCCAUAGAAUCCUUGAUCAAGGCCCUUGAGCACGGCCCUUGUCCAGACCGGAUCACCUUCAACACUGUUAUAACGGCGUUGGGCCGCAGUAGUCGUUGGGAAGAAGCUGUUGCAAUGCUGGAGGAGCUCGAAAAGCACAAGCUUGAGCCAAACACCGUGAGUUUCAACUCUGCCACUGCCGCAUGUGCAGGUGGCUCCAGUGAUAGCUGUCAAGCCUGGAAAGUGGGAUUCCAUCUACUCAGGAGAGGCUCCAGCCAGAUUGCAUCGUUUCCAGAAGUUCAGGCGUGCUCGUCUGCCUUGAGUGCUUGUGCACGCGCUGGCUGCUGGCAGCAAGCUUUGCAGACCUUUUCGGUGAUGCGACAUCAUGGCCCGUUCCCAGAUGUCGCAGCUUGUGGCGCUUUGCUGGAUGCUUUCGACCAAGCUGGACUGUGGCCGUGGUCACUGUGGUUGCUGGAGCAGAUGUGGCGACCUUCUGGAGAAAAGAGUUUGCCGAGACCCGAUGUUGCAGCCUUGACGUCUGCCAUUAGCGCUUGCAGCAUGCAAAUACAGUGGGAGAAAGCACUUCAUUUGCUUCAGAGCUCCAGGGCGAAGCUUGACUCACCGGCUCUGUACAACGCUGCAGCAGGAGCCUGUGAGCGAGGACUUCAAGUGGAUAUCCUUCUGGAGAUCUUCAGGGUGAUGAUGGAGACGCACUUGGAAGCUGACGCGAUUACCUACUUGGCACUGAUCAGCACUUGUGGGAAGACUCAGCGCUGGAACGAAGCACUCUUGCAUUUUCAGAGUGCCCUGCAUUCUUCCAUCGCUAUGUCACAAAGCUUGAUGAAUUCUGCCAUCAGUGCCUGUGAAAAGGGUUCCUCCUGGUUGUCCGCAAUCUCCCUAUUGCAUUUUGAGAAGCUUUUGAUGACUCCUAACAUUGUGUCCUCCAGCGCCGUGAUCACUGCCUCCGCCGCAAACGCCCAGUGGCUGCCAUCGAUUCGUUUGCUUGAUGAUAUGCGUUUUUGGCAGCUUCGUCCUGACCUCGUCGCUUUGAACUCAAUCUUGGACGCUGCAGAGGCUUCUGCCCAAUGGCUGCUCGCAACACACUCCCUCAUUAUGAUGAACACGCUGAGGCUCCACACCGGCUGCAUGAGCUUAUCAGCAGCUAUUGGAUCGCAUGAAGAAGCAGGGUGGCAGCUGCCAGGACUCUUGCAGCGGCUGGAAACAGUGUAUGUGGAUGAGAUCCGGCACAGCCAGGGUACGAACGAAGGAAUGAGUAGCUUGUCACAUUUGCUCGAAGCCGAAGAAAUCCUUGGGAGCAACGAUGUGAUGAGCUGGAAGGGCCACCAGGCGCUGCAUACCUUGCUUUGCCCGGCCUUGCGCCGUUUGAUCCAUCUCACUCGCGUUGGCCCGGGCAGCAGAAGCCAGCUGUGGGAGCCACUGCUGGAACGUCAGUUCAGCCUAGGUGCUGGGUACACUAUGAGAGCUUUGCUGACCCUAGACUUUGCAGCUACAGUUUGGGACGGCGCCCUGCUCCCUCGGCGUGAGCUGGGUAGAGUGAACGAGGAGCCUGUUGCUGAAUCCCUUCCUGGAUUCCUGGCCAUCAGCAUGCAGAAUCACCAGACAUGUGGGCGAGUGAUUGGAUAUGGUGGUGCGGAGUUGGGUGCAUUGCGGCCCGUUUUUGUGCAGCACGACCGGUCCAGGCAUGCAGAGCGUUUAGCUUUGCUGAGUGUCAUCGCCUGCCUUGGCGCUCCCUGA